CGUGGCCGUGCGGGCCCGCGUGUGCGGAGGGGGACGCUGCGGGCUGUGUUGAAGCGAAGCCCGGGCGGGUCGGAGGACCGGGAAGGGCGAGAGAGGGGACCCGUUGCUAGGCAACCGGGGGCGGUGUUUCUAGGCAACUCCGGCGCCCCGCGGAGCGCGCAUCCUGCGGCUGGAGGGAGGCAGAGGCAUGAUGAGGUUGGCCUACAGAUUCUUGAUGGGCCGAAUUAUGCCCAAAGCACUCUUGGGAGCCUUCCUGGUCCUCCUUCUUGUCCUGCACGUGACAAGUUCCCAGCAAGACUUCCAAUCGAGAAGACAGCAGCAGAGGGACCCCCCAGCUGACUUCCUGUCCCAAACAGGCUCAAUUCUUCGGGAGACCCUGGAUGCCUGGAUCGGGCCUGAGGUUAUGCACGCUGUGGCCGAGACCACGUCACAGGUGCUCUGGGCCAUCUCGUCCGCCAUCUCCGUGGCCUUCUUUGCUCUCUCUGGGAUCUCUGCGCAGCUUCUGAAUGCCAUGGGGCUUGAUGGGGAGCACCUCACCCAAGGCUUGAAGCUCAGCCCCGCCCAAGUCCAGACCUUCCUCCUGUGGGGAGCGGGGACCCUUGUGGCCUACUGGGUGCUGGCCCUGCUCCUGGGCCUGCUCUUGGCUCUGCUGGGCCGGAUCCUGUGGGGCCUGAAGCUGGUCGUCUUCCUUGUGGGCUUUGUGGCCGUGGUCAGGUCUGUGCCAGACCUGUCCAUCCGGGCCCUGCUACUGCUGGGCAUGCUGACUCUGUAUGCCCUGCUAAGCCGGCUGAGCGGCAGCCGAGCUUCGGGAGCUCAGCUGGAGGCCAAGAUUCGGGGCCUGGAGCGGCAAGUGGAAGAACUCCGCUGGAGGCAACGGAGAGCCGCCAAGGCCUCCCGGAGCGCAGAGGAGGAGUGAGGGGGCCUGCGGCGGGGGCGAGGGAGCCCGGAUGUUGCUGCCGCUGUCAUCACACCAAAGAGCUGAGCUGCUUCUGGGUCAUGGAGCCCUCCGCCUGCCCCCAGCCAGGAGAUGAAGGCUGCUUCUCUCCCCCUCCCCGUCCCCUCCUCAGGGCCUCUCCUGGAUCGGUUCCCAGAGCUUUCCCUUCCCCCCAGCCCAGCGGGGGCUUCUGGAGCUGGGGAGGGCCUGCCCCCUCUCCAACUCCUCUUCCUCCCCGUAAGCACACCACUGCCGCGGCCUUCACACAGACCUCCAGACACGUGUGGCAUGGACGGACCUCGGUGCAGCACACCCUGCCUCUCUCUCUGCUGUCCUGGGAUGCCAGCCUCUGGUGGCCCUGCCCCCUCUUGCUUCCCCUUGGCAGCCCUGUGUGUCCUGUGCACCACCACCCGGUGGGGAGGAAACAUGAGCUGGCCACUUGAGGGAGCCCCCCUGAAUCCUUAGGGUUCAGAUUUGGGGUCAGGGCGGGGGUCAAAUCUGUGACAAGUGCCUUCAAUGAAGCCAGCAGUGCCUGCUUCUUGCCUGCUCUACCUAGGAAUGUGUAUUUUGGUGCCUUAGGAGUCGAGGGAGGAGCAGCCUCCUAGAAUCCUGACACCUUUCCAGCCAAAGAGCCCCCAGUGAGCAAGCUAGUCAGUGCAGCCUGACCCUGGGCCUGUAGCGAGUGCCUGAAGGGAUCCAUCAGAACCCACUGGGGAUGUUGGACCCUCCCCCCCCAGCCCCCAACUCUUCUUCCCCGAGGACCAGAGGCCUCUGGGUAACAGGGUGCCCACAAAAAACUGUGCACCGGCAGCAGGCUUCUCUGGGAGUCUGGGGGAGAGGAGGCCCAGGGGAGGGGUUUGGGCUCUGCUCUGAGGUGCCGGCUGCCAGUGAUCACUAUUCUUACUGAAGCUCGCUGGGUUUAAAUUAAAAAACAAAUGCGCGCUAUUUUGUUCCAUAUAAAACGUGUUUAAUCAAA